AUGUCUCAAGCUGAAUCACCGGAUCGCAAUGAACUUUACAAGUCUGCAGUGGCUUUCCUGAUCGAUGCUAAUGUGUCAGAUGCGCCUUUGACCAAAAAAAUAGAGUUUCUGCAAAGCAAAGGGUUGACCGAAGAUGAAAUAGACAAGGCGCUGAAAGAAGCCAAAAAUAAGCCUCGUGAAGGGUCUGGUGGAUCUUCUAACUUCACAAACAAGACUGUAGAGACUAGGGAACGUGCAAAUGGCCAUUUCCCGCAAUAUGAGGCAAUUCCUCCACCACUGCCGCAGAGGGACUGGAAAGACUACUUUGUGAUGGCUACAGCAAGUGCAGGACUAUGCUACGGUGUAUAUCAACUGGCUAAAAGGUACGUGGUCCCAAACUUGCUUCCUGAGUCUCAUUCAAAACUAGAACAGGAUAAAAUACAGAUCAUGGAACAGUUUGAUCGCAUGGAACAGCUGCUCGAUACGAUCGAAACUGAACACGCAGCAUCCGUAAAGAAAGAAAAUGAUAAGUUUCAGGAGCUCGACCAAGUGGUGGUCGAGUUGCAAAGAGCAUUGGAGGGUUCCGCGAGAUCCCGUGACAAACUCGAAGAUGAUGUUCGUAUUAUGCGGCUCGAGAUCGAAGGUAUCCAAAAAAACGUUGACGCGUUCAUCGCAGAAAACUCCAGCAAUCCUGCUGUUCGCAAGCUGAAUGAAGAAAUCUUAUCGUUAAAAACGCUUCUCAAAUCGAGCAAUCUCCUGAAAGUGUCAGAUACUCCUUCAGAUCAUAACAAAUCACCGCUGCCCGGUGCAGAGGUAAUUCCUUCCGCAUCAGAGAUCUUGGCCAAAAUGAAUCUACCAAAGAAAGGCGACACCUCUGACCUUCCAGCUUGGAAAAAAUCGCGCGACGCAACCGCAAAGACGAACGACAAAAACAUACCGGAAUGGCAAAAACCAACCGCCGAAAAGUCUUCUACGCCAAUUCCUGAGUGGCAGAGGGCAAUGCUCAACGCAGAAUCUCCAAGUCCGGAAGUCGAAUCUUGA